CCGCCGCCGCCGCCCGCCGCCAACGGCUCGGCCGAGGGCGCCGCCAAGGCCCGCAAAGCCUUCCCCGUGCUGGGCAUCGACUACGGGCACGUCCGCAUCCCCUUCGAGAUCUCCCUCUGGAUCCUGCUCGCCUGCCUCAUGAAGCUGGGUUUCCAUGUGAUUCCCUCGGUGUCCAGCAUCGUUCCCGAAAGCUGCCUGCUCAUCGUGGUGGGCCUGCUCGUCGGGGGCCUCAUCAAAGGCGUGGGGGAAAAGCCCCCCAUCCUCAAGUCGGAAAUCUUCUUCCUCUUCCUCCUGCCGCCCAUCAUCUUGGACGCCGGCUACUUCCUGCCCUUGCGCCAGUUCACGGAGAACCUGGGCACCAUCCUCAUCUUCGCCGUGGUGGGCACGCUCUGGAAUGCCUUCUUCCUGGGCGGCCUCAUGUACGCCGUGUGCCAGAUCGGCGGCACCGGCCUCAACCACAUCGGCCUGCUGGCCAACCUGCUGUUCGGCAGCAUCAUCUCGGCCGUGGACCCCGUGGCCGUGCUCGCCGUCUUCGAGGAGAUCCACAUCAACGAGCUGCUGCACAUCCUCGUCUUCGGCGAGUCCCUGCUCAAUGACGCCGUCACCGUCGUCCUCUACCACCUCUUUGAGGAGUUUGCCAACUUUGAACAAGUGACCAUUAUCGACAUCAUCCUCGGCUUCCUCAGCUUCUUCGUGGUGUCUCUGGGCGGCGUCUUCGUGGGCGUCAUUUACGGGGUCAUCGCUGCCUUCACGUCCCGCUUCACCUCCCACAUCCGCGUCAUCGAGCCCCUCUUCGUCUUCCUCUACAGCUACAUGGCCUAUCUCUCCGCGGAGCUCUUCCACCUCUCUGGCAUCAUGGCGCUCAUCGCCUCCGGCGUGGUCAUGCGGCCCUAUGUGGAAGCCAACAUCUCCCACAAGUCCCAUACCACCAUCAAAUACUUCCUCAAGAUGUGGAGCAGCGUGAGCGAGACCCUCAUCUUCAUCUUCCUGGGGGUCUCCACUGUGGCCGGCCACCACUACUGGAACUGGACCUUUGUCAUCAGCACGCUGCUCUUCUGCCUUAUCGCAAGGGUCUUAGGUGUCCUGGGCCUCACGUGGUUCAUCAACAAGUUCCGAAUUGUGAAGCUGACACCCAAGGACCAGUUCAUCAUCGCCUACGGGGGCCUGCGGGGAGCCAUCGCCUUCUCCCUCUGCUACCUCCUGGACUAUGAGCAUUUCAACAUGAGGGACAUGUUCCUCACCGCCAUCAUCACCGUCAUCUUCUUCACCGUCUUCGUGCAGGGCAUGACCAUCCGGCCCUUGGUGGACCUGCUUGCGGUGAAGAAGAAGCAAGAGUCAAAGCGCUCCAUCAACGAAGAGAUCCACACACAGUUCUUGGAUCACCUCCUGACCGGCAUCGAGGAUAUCUGUGGCCACUACGGGCAUCACCACUGGAAAGACAAGCUGAACCGCUUCAACAAGAAGUAUGUGAAGAAGUGCCUGAUUGCGGGGGAGCGCUCCAAGGAGCCCCAGCUCAUCGCUUUCUAUCACAAGAUGGAGAUGAAGCAGGCGAUCGAGAUGGUGGAGAGCGGCGGCAUAGCCAAGAUCCCCUCGGCCGUCUCCACGGUCUCCAUGCAGAACAUCCAGCCCAAGAUCCUCCCUGUGGAGCGUGCCCUGCCAGCCCUGUCCAAGGACAAGGAGGAGGAGAUCCGGAAAAUCCUCCGGAACAACCUGCAGAAAACCAGGCAGAGGCUGCGAUCCUACAACCGGCACACGCUGGUGGCCGACCCCUACGAGGAAGCCUGGAACCAGAUGCUCCUGCGGAGGCAGAAGGUCCGGCAGAUGGAGCAAAAGAUGAACAACUACCUGACAGUGCCGGCUCACAAGGUGGAUUCGCCCACCAUGUCCCGCGCCCGCAUCGGCUCAGACCCCCUGGCCUACGAGCCCAAGACGGACUCGGAGAACCUGCCCAUCAUCACCAUCGACCCGGCCUCGCCGCAGUCCCCCGAGUCCGUGGACCUGGCAAACGAGGAGCUCAAGGGCUCCGGCCACGUCUCCUCCUCGCCCGAGGAGGAGGAGGAGGAAGGGCUGGUGAUGCGGCCGAAGGAGCCGUCCUCCCCGGGCACCGACGACGUCUUCACGCCGGGCGCCAGCGACAGCCCCAGCAACCAGCGCAUGCUGCGGUGCCUGAGCGACCCGGGGCCGCGGCCGGAGCCGGAGGAAGGGGAGCCCUUCAUCCCCAAGGGGCAGUAGCAGCGGCGCGGAGCCGCCUGCCCGCCUGCGGAGCCUCUUUCCUCAUUCGUUCUUCUUUCUUUCCCCCACUCCCUUUUUUGGGUUCCUCCGUCACUAAACGCGCCGGGUUUGGGAAGGGGAGACCAUCCUGGAUGGACAGGGACUGCCAGGACAGCUCUGCCCAGCGAGCCGCAGCGGGCUGCACAGGCACCGCUCGGGGCCCGCGCCGCCUUUCCCGAGCCUGCCUUGUUCGGGAGCAGAGCUCGGAGCCGGGAGCCACCUCUGCUCCGGGCGCCCCGCACAGACACCUCACGCGGGGCCCGCACGGAUGCUCCGGCGCCGCGGCCGCCGAUCUCUCCUCCAGCCCGGGAGCGUCUCCUCCAGCACUGCAUUUCACGCUGGGUCUUGUUCAAUACGUAUCAAUAGCCAUGCAGGGGGGAUGCAGGUGCCCCCGCGCUUCCGUGGCCCCUCCGGCCGCUCUGUCCCUCCUGGAUCGCCCGGCCG